AUGGAGGCUCUGUGGAAGCAGACCGUGGCGACCUACAACCCGCACGUCAUUGACAUUGUCGGCAGCCAGCUCGUCCAGCUCAUCUUCUGGUGGCUGCCCUCGCUCCUCUACAUCUGCCUCGACACGCUCGCGCCCUCCUUUUCCGCCGCGCACAAGAUCCAGCCGGCGCCGAAGCAGCCCACGCGGGGCGACAUGCUCCACGCCGGCGCCGUCGCGCUGCGGAACCAGGCCCUCAUCCUGGCGCUGCAAGUGGCCGGCGCCGUGCUCGCCUCGCGCGCCGGCCAGCCGCCGGCCCUGCGCGUGACGGGCGACUUUCCCCCGCCGGCCGAGGCGGCGCGCGACCUGCUCGUCAGCGCGCUCGCCCGCGAGGCGCUCUUCUACUACGCGCACCGGCUGCUGCACUGGCGGCCGCUGUACCGGCGCGUGCACAAGACGCACCACCGGUUCACGGCGCCCGUGGCGCUGGCGUCGCAGUACGCGCACCCGCUCGAGCACGUCGCCGCCAACACGCUGCCGAUUGUGCUGCCGCCGCUGCUGCUGCGCUCGCACGUCCUGACCAUGUGGGCGUUUCUGGCGUACCAGCUCGUCGAGACGGCGACGGUGCACAGCGGCUACGACUUCUUCCGAGGCCUGGCCCGGAAGCACGACCGCCACCACGAGCGCUUCGAUGUGUAUUUUGGCGGGUUUGGGUUCCUAGACUGGCUGCACGGCACGGAUGAGUCGGAUCGGGCGAGCGCGAAGAAGAAGCAGUAG